UGCUUCCAAGGGCUGAUGGAACCUGCAGCUGUGAUGCUGAGCUUGGUGGUGGCUCUGGUGGGAACAUGGACCUUGGGGGGAGCCCAGGAGAGCAUCUCGUGGGAGGUGCAGCGCUACGAUGGCUGGUACAACAACCUGCUGCACCACAGCCACGGCUCUGUGGGAGCCAGGCUGCUGCGUCUGCUGCCGGCACAUUUCGCGGACGGCGUGUACCAGGCGCUGUUCCUUCCAGCCCUGUCCAGCCUGGCCUGGGUCACCCUGGCUGCUCAUGGUGGUGCCCCCAGCCUGCCCACAGCUGUCCUGCUCCAGCUGCUGACCAGGCUUUGGUGUCUGCCAGGUUUCCACGUGCUCCUGGACAUCCUGGACACAGAGAAGCCCGGCUGCCCUGCUGAGUUCCUCAACAUCCACAUCCCCUCUGGAGACCCCGUGUUUGACCCUGCUGGCACUGGAGACGUGGUCCUGCCCUUCCAGCGCGUCCGCUGGGCAGCAGAGACGGGACAGAGCCCCAACAGCCCCCGGGAGCAGACCAACGGGGUGACGGGCUGGCUGGAUGGCAGCUCCAUCUACGGCCCCUCUCACUCCUGGAGCGAUGCCCUGAGGAGCUUCCAGGGGGGACAGCUGGCAGCAGGGCCCAACGGGAGCCUCCCCAGGCAGACAGACGGGAGGGUGCCCAUGUGGAAGGCUCUGGAUCCAUCCACGGGACAGGGCGGUCCCCAAGGGAUCUACGACCUGGGCAGUGCCUGGGGGAAUGAGAGCCCCUUCCUGCAGGCCGAGAGCAUCGCCUGGUUCCGCUACCACAACCACGUGGCCGCAGCCCUGGCCCAGCAGCAUCCUGCCUGGUCCGAUGAGGAUCUCUUCCAGCACGCCCGCAAGAGGGUCAUUGCCACCUUCCAGAGCAUCGUUCUGUACGAGUGGCUGCCGACCCUGCUGGGCACACAGGUCCCCGAGUACCAAGGUUACCAGCAGCACCUGGACCCCAGCCUCUCCCCUGAAUUUGUGGCAGCUGCCAGGCAAUUCCUGGCCACCAUGGUGCCUCCAGGAGUUUACAAGAGGUAGGAGCAGCCUGGUGGGACCAUGGGACUGUGUGAGGGGAGGGGAUGCCCAAGCUGGGCUGGCUCGUUUCCAGCAGUGAGGCUCUGCAACAGCUACUGGAGCAGAGAGAGCCCUGGGCUACAGAAGGCAGAGGAUGUGGACGAGCUCCUGCUGGGGAUGAGCUCCCAGAUAGCAGAGCGGGAGGACAACAUUGUGGUGGAGGAUCUGCAAGAUUUCUGGUAUGGACCCUUGAAGUACUCCCGCACUGACUUCGUGGCCAGCUGGAUCCAGCGAGGGAGGGACUUUGGCCUGCCCACCUACAACCAAGCCCGGCAGCAUUUUGGGUUGGAACCUCUCCAAAACUGGUCAAGCCUUGCCCCACACCUGGAGCCACAGGUCCUGCGGAAAGUUGCUGCCCUGUAUGGCAACAACCUGGCUGGGCUGGAGCUGCUCCCUGGAGGCAUGCUGGAGGCUGAUGGCUCCCUCUUCUCCACCAUCAUCCUGGAACAGUUCCUGCGCCUGCGUGACGGUGACAGGUUUUGGUUCGAAAACACCAAGAAUGGGCUGUUCACAGAGGAGGAGAUCAGGGAGAUCCGUAACACCACCUUCCACGACGUGCUGACUUCUGUCACCUCUGCCAAACCCACAGACCUCCAGCCCCACGUGUUCAUGUGGAGACAGGGGGACCCGUGCCCCCAGCCCCAGCAGCUGACAGCUCAACUCCUGGCCAACUGCACGCCCAUGAUGGUGCUGGACUACUUUGCAGGCAGCGGCGCGGGCUUCGGCAUCAUCAUCGUUGUCCUCUGCUGCCUGCCCCUGGUGACUCUGUUUGUGGCCUGGGUGGUUGCUGCUCUGCGCAGGAGGGAUUUCCAGAAGCUGCAGAGGAAGCAGGGCACCAGCGUGCGCAGGGAGGUGUCUGGCGAGGCCGUGUGUGCCAUGGAGUGGCAUGGGCCCAAGGCAGACAGCUGUCCUGUCUACAUUCAGCUCCAAGCUGACAAAGAGCUCAAAGUGCUGGACAGCAGAGGGUCUGUGCUGCGGAGCAUCAACCUGAAAGCCCAGCCAAGGGUGGAGGUGAUUCUCUCCAACAACAGAGGCAACAGAGCUCUGCUCCUGAAGAGCCCCAAGGAGUAUGAUCUGGUGCUGCUCUUCAAUGGGGAGGCCGAGAGGAGCAUCUUUGUUGGGAAGCUCAGAGACUACUUGAAGGAGAGCAGCUUUGACCUGCAUCUGUCUGAGAUGAGGGAGCAGAACCUGAUGAAACGGGCAGUCACCCAGGAGCAGAGAAAACAAAUUCUAGAGACUUUCUUCAGGCACCUGUUUGCUCAGGUGCUGGAAAUCGACAGAUCUGAUGCUGGGGAGCUCAGCUUUGAAUCUUCACAGAAGGCAAGGGAAUCCCUCACCUGUGAGCUGAGCAGGGCUGAGUUUGCUGAAGCCCUGGGGCUCAAGGAGCACUCCAUGUUUGUGGAGUCCAUGUUCUCCCUGGCUGACAAAGACGGCAAUGGCUACAUCUCCUUUCGGGAGUUCCUGGACAUCUUGGUGGUCUUCAUGAAAGGGUCCCCAGAGGAAAAGUCCAAGGUGAUGUUCAGGAUGUAUGACACUGAUGAGAAUGGGUUCCUCUCCAAGGAGGAGUUUCUGAGGAUGCUCAGGUCCUUCAUUGAGAUCUCCAACAACUGCCUGUCAAGUGAGCAGGCAGAGCAGGUGACCGAGUCCAUGUUCCGGGCCUCGGGCUUCCAGGACCGCGAGGAGCUGACGUGGGAGAAUUUCCAUUACAUGCUGCGGGACCACGACAGCGAGCUGCGCCUCACCCAGCUCUGCGUCAGAGGUAUCCCUGAGGUCUCCAAGCAAAAUCUGCGCAACUGUGUCUCCUUCAUAAAAAAGAACGAGCCAAAAGGAAUCAUCUCAGAGGAGAAAACAGACCCAAACCUGGACACUGUGAGUCACUACAUGGAGCGAAAAGGCCAAGAACUGAGGAAGAGACCAGGAAGAAAGGCAAACCAGUACCAGCUGCGUCUGUACACGGAAGCGCGACGGAAGAAGUACGAGAGGAACAAAGUCCAGCAGAAGAUCCAGGAGUUCAAGCGCUUCGUUGAGAAUUACCGACGCCACAUCGUCUGUGUCACCCUUUUCUCUGCCAUCACUGCUGGUGUCUUUGCUGAGAGAGCCUACUACUACGCCUUCGCAUCCCCCAGCACUGGAAUUGCACAGACCACCUUUGUGGGGAUCAUCAUCUCCCGGGGUUCAGCUGCCUCCAUCUCCUUCAUGUACUCCUACAUCCUGCUCACCAUGUGCCGCAACCUCAUCACCGUCCUGCGGGAGACCUUCCUCAAUCACUACAUCCCCUUUGACGCCGCCGUUGACUUCCACCGCUGGAUUGCCAUGGCAGCCCUGAUUUUCUCAGUGCUCCACACUGCAGGCCACGUAGUGAACGUCUACAUCUUCUCAGUCACACCUCUCAGUGUGCUGUCCUGCCUUUUCUCCACUGUCUUUACAAAUGAUGGGUCACAGCUCCCACAGAAGUAUUACUGGUGGUUCUUCCAAACUGUUCCAGGCAUGACAGGAGUGCUGCUGCUCGUGGUCCUUGCUGUGAUGUACGUGUUUGCCACACACCACUUCCGGCGCGUCAGCUUCCAGGGAUUUUGGAUCACUCACCACCUCUACAUGCUGCUCUACAUCCUGGUCAUCAUCCAUGGCAGCUACGCACUGAUCCAGCAGCCCCGUUUCCACAUCUACUUCAUCAUCCCAGCCCUCAUCUACAGCGCAGACAAGCUAUACAGCCUGAGCAGAAAGAAGGUGGAGAUCAGUGUGGUGAAAGCCGAGCUCCUGCCCUCAGGUGUCACCCACCUGCAGUUCCAGCGGCCGCAGGACUUUGACUACAAGUCCGGGCAGUGGGUGCGCAUAGCAUGUCACCCCUGGGGACGUCUAGACCAAGAGAGCAUCUCAGCAAUGGGUUGUGCCAAGCGUGAUGCACUCCUCCAGCCCUUCCAAGGCCUGGGCAAGCAGAGACUUCUGCUAACUGCUGUCUCCCUCCAGCUCUACCUGGACGGGCCCUUUGGGGAGGGCCACCAGGAGUGGAACAAGUUUGAGGUGUCGGUGUUGGUGGGAGGAGGCAUCGGGGUGACUCCCUUCGCAUCCAUUCUCAAGGACCUGGUCUUCAAGUCAUCCAUAAACUCCAAGCUGCUGUGUAAGAAGAUCUACUUCAUCUGGGUGACGCGCACGCAGCGGCAGUUUGAGUGGCUGACAGACAUCAUCCGGGAGGUGGAGGAGUCAGACAAGAACGGCUUGGUCUCUGUGCACAUCUACAUCACACAGCUGGCUGAGAAGUUCGAUCUGCGCACCACCAUGCUGUACAUCUGUGAGCGGCACUUCCAGAAGGUGCUGAACAAGAGCCUGUUCACGGGGCUGCGCUCCAUCACCCACUUUGGGCGCCCUCCCUUCGUGCCCUUUUUCAGCUCGCUGCAGGAGGUGCACCCUGAGGUGCAGAAGAUCGGGGUGUUCAGCUGCGGCCCGCCCGGGAUGACAAAGAGUGUGGAGCAGGCGUGCCGGCACAUGAACAAGAAGGACCAGACCUACUUUGCACAUCACUAUGAGAAUUUCUGACCUUACCCCGCACUGUUCCACCCUCUGGCUGCAGCUGCAUGAUUUCACCCUAACACCUAGCAGCAAUACUUCCAGCAGCCACAGUCCCAGGCACCUUCCCCAGGUGAAAGCCAUCCAGAGCUGAGUGCAGGGAUACUGAGACCCACACAGCAGAGAUCUGUGUGCUAGUAAGGCUUUGCCAUCCCAGCACUGCCCUACACGGCCCCAGUGAGAACCCCUGAGCCCUGCUACCAUCCACACAUCCCUGCAGCCCCACAGACAGGGGCAUGCUGCUGUCCCAACCCAGUUAAACCCAGCUCUGCCCCCUUAAUGGCACAGGACAGAGCUUCUGCUCUGCUGGGGGACUCAGGGAAUGUUUCUGACCAGCUUUGGGGAGCAGCUUGGUGCCUGCACAACCUGGAUUCACAGCACUUUGUUCCAAGACCCAUGUGGUGAACAGAUGGGGUGAGGAGCCAGCAAGCUCCCUGCUAGCCCUCUUUUUGAAACAGCUCUCCUCACACACUCUUCAGUGCCUGCUUGUUAACUCUCCAAGCCCUCCCUGGGUUUGCAUAAGGCCUUAGCUGUGUUUGCAUUGGCUUCUUCCAGCAGUGUCAGUCCUUCAGUCAGGUAUCAGUUGUACUUGGUUAAGUAAUGCCUGGCUUUGCAUCACUGCUGCUUUUACAGGCUGUGGUUGAGCUCAAAUAAAGCUGA